AAAAAUGUCCCAGAAUUUAGAAGUCAAUCCGAGCAGAAGUCACAGAUUGAAGAGAGAGAGAGAGAGAGAGAGGAAAGAGAUGGGGCUGCUGUGUUGUUUCGAUGGAGGCAACAGUGCACAGAGAAAGGAAGAAGAAAGGGUAGCCUCCGCGGAAGCUGUUGCCAAAGCUGCCGAAGCCGCCCAGAGAAGGCAAGAAGAAUUUGAAAAGUCUGCAGCUGGAAGAGCUGCACGUGCACAGCAACAGCAGCAGGCGGCUGCAAAGCAAGCUGCCAGCUCUAACAAAGGCGAACCAGUAUUAAAGUGGUCAAUGGGUUGAGGCCUUUUGUCUGUCUCUCCAUCAACUCCCAACUUGUUUAUACGUAUACAGUAUGUUUCGUGGAUUGCCAAUUCCUCUUGUGCCGAGUACAAUACUCCAGAUCUCCAAAGAAAGUUGCUGUUAUCGAUCGUCAUUCAUUUCGUCAUUUGUUUUGCAUAUGGAAUGUCAAGAAAAUAAUUACACUCGCAAAAUUCUUGCUUUUGUGCAUCUCUUAGGGCCGUUCA